AUGGCUACUGCUUCCGAUCUGGGGACUGCGACUAGAUUCAGACGUAUCACGCGCGCCUGUGACUUUUGUCAUCGACGUGGUCUCAAAUGUCGCGCUGCAGCUGAGAGCCCAGCCAAUGGCUGCACUCAAUCUUGUCUGACUUGCGACGAGUACAGACAAGAAUGUACAUGGAAUAGACAGCCGAAGAAGCGAGGCACCAAGUCCCGAAUCGCUACUCAGGCGCAGCAACAAGAUGGUGCCUCUGUUCGCGCUGGGAACGGUCCCUUCAAGACCCUUGAACUGCCUGCAGGAAGCGCCAAUUCAUCAAUCGGAAGCCGCAAGAUCAUCACUGCCCUGUUGGACGCCUACCUUGACAGCAUCCACCCCAUAUUCCCAUUCUUCUGCGAGCGCGAAAUUUGGGUGGGCUGGAGAGACGGCACGUUUCCCGCCGACGCCUCUGAUUACAUGAGUCUCAUGUGCAUGUGCGCUCUCAGCGCCCAGCACGUCGGAAGCGGCGCCCUCUUCAGCGACGAUGUCCCGACCGUGGAGAGCUCUCUUCUCGCGCAGGAUUACCUUGCUGAGGCCGUCCGGCUCGUCCCGCUGGAUUUCAAAGGCCCAUGCAUCAACCAAAUCCGCUCCUAUGGAUACUUGUCGCUCCUUGGAGCCCAGACGGGGAAUUAUGGCAUGGCGCACAAGUACCUCGGCCUCUACCACGGUAUGUGCGCGCACUACAACCUGCACGACGAGUCACAAUGGCCAGCAGGCAUCAGCGAGUGCGAGGUUGAGGUCCGGAGGCGUCUCUGGUGGAUCAUGUACCGUCUCGAGGUGCACACCGCAUGCGUUCAUGGAAGCGUCGUACGCUGCUCCGAAGCCCAGUGUUUCGUUGCCUACCCUUCUGGCCUUCACCACCCUCCAUUCAUUCCAGGGCGAGAUGGAAAUUUCGAAGACUGGUUCAAGGGGUGGAAUGCGACUACCGAUCUCUAUCGUGUCUUGGAGCACGUUAUUACUGAAUUCAGAUCUCGCCGACGACCUCAGUCAUCCAUCCUCGGAGCGGGCCACGCGAAAGCGCCAGCAGUGUCCGUGAAUGAGAAGCUGACGAAGAUUCAAGAGGAAAUUCUACCUCAUUUUGGGUCUGCCUCAUCACGGUCCUCAGAUAGUGGCAGAAACAGAUGCGGGUUUCAGGCGUCCAACAUUCUCUGCACGAUCCAUUUGGCGAGAAUGAUAUCGAUAUCGGGAGAGAGCAAUUUUCACUCGGCAUGCCAGACUGCACACGACAUGGUAGCAAGUGUGAGCACGAUACCGAUCGAGUACAUCCGAGCUAUCGGAUCUCCCCUCUUGCAACAGUUGGCGGGCGUGGGCCACAUGCUAGCAGGCGUCGCGAGCAAACACCAGUUCUCACACGCAGACCGAGAACAGUUCAGGCUGGUUCUCACAUCAAUGAUACAGUUUCUCUCGCAGCUGAGAGCACACAACAGCACCGCGGCAACGGAGGAAUUGAGACUGGCAGCCCACCUCAGCGAGGCAGACAGGAAUUGGUCAUUGGCCAACGCUGAGACUGAGUCAUUGGAUGACGGCGCUACAUACGAUACUCUUGCGUGGCCGGAUCAUCUGCAGAACCUGGUGGAGGAAAUGAGUGACGAUCGACUGUUUUUCUCUAUGCAUCUAGAAAGAAGCCUUGCAUGGCCCUUCGAGCCGCGAGAUGGAGAUGGACCAGAACCUUGA